CGAUGUAAACAGGCCCUCAUUAGCAUACGAUCUGUCAAGGUCGUAGACCGCUACCCAAUCACAAUUUACAUACGGUUUGUAUUUGGAAAGCGAAGCCAAUGGCCAUCGUUUUAACAUCCACCAAUCUUGGCUUCACCGGCAAGUGUGUGACACACCUCUCCCAGAACCAUAACAAGCGAGCUGCUGGAAACCGGCGACAGACAACGCUUUGCUAUCGACAGUUAGUAUAAUGCAAGGAUACUUUGCAGUGGAGGCAGCUUACUGUGACAGCUUGACGGCUUUUUAGCACUUGUCUCUGAAACAUGCCAAAUAAUCGACAUCCGAGGAAUCAUCGUCUGCGCGACGAAGAUGCACACAACAAUAAUAACGGCGGGCUUCAGCCGCCAGUUCAAGCGGCGGUCCCACGCGAAGUAAGACCAGUGGCUGGCAGUGGUAUGGCGAACCAGCCGCGUCAGAAUGACAAUAACGGCGAGCGCUUGCAAAAGUGUUGCACUCCCGGGCCGUGCCGUUUUCCAGAUGAAACUGUAGAUCCACAGGAUCCGUACGAUGCUGUGAAAGUGAUAUGCAACAAUGAUACCUGCACAGAAGGUUCGUGGAUGCACAAAGACUGCUUCGAGGAGUUCGAGCAGGGUGUGCUAGCGUAUUUGCGCUCAUGUGGACGUGCGCGAAGCUGGAGCGAAAAGCAGCGACUACAAAAUCUUUGGACGAAGAAAGGCUACGACCUGGCCUUCAAAGCCUGCGAUUGUCGUUGCGGUCGUGGGCAUCUGCGGAAGGACUUGGACUACGUGGCGCCCCCAGUGAAUGAAAACAUGCGGAAGCAGAAGAAGCACAAGAAGAAGAACGACAAACCUAUGCCCGUGGUCAGCACUGCCCACAAGUCGAACAGCCACAGCUGCAAUCCGACUCUAAACACCAGUUGUGGCAAUCAUAAUCCCACCACCAACGGAAAUCAUGUCAACAACAACCAUGUUGGCACCACGCAGCAUUCAAACGGCAUCGCAGGAGGCUGCAAAACCAUCCAGCAGACCUCCCAGGGAGGAUCCAACGGCAGCAGCGGAAGAGGCCGGAAGAACUCAAUGUCGUCCUCUACCACCACCAAGACGGACAGCGGGACGCGUCGGAACGAAGACAACCUUCACAUCUGCGGCAUGGAGCAGAGCGUGCUAGACAAUCAGACAUCGCCUCCUCCUGUUAUGCCACUCACUCCAGCUUCCGGUGGCCUGCCGCACGGCAUCAUCAGCAGCGCUAACAACUACAACCUCAACAACAACUUCACCCAUGUGGUUGGGCUGCCUGUGGUCAAUGGAAACCCUCAGCUACGCAUGCGCACGAACAGCGUCAGCAGCACGGGAAGCCAAGGCAGCCACGCCAGCAGCAGCAGUCUGCCCAGCUCCGCGGGCUCCCACUCUCCCAUCUCGUCCUCUCCCGUGGCCGGGGACAUGUUCUUCAAGGCUCGCAAAUCCAGCGAUGCCUCCUCCGACAACGGCGGCAUCGGGGGCUGCGGUCCUCUGAUGUUUCGCCAGCGUCAGGAUCUCUCGGCCUUCGCAAGUCUACCCCGCUGCAAGCAGAAUCCCUACAACAUCCGCAUGGAGAACGUAACCAGCCUUUCGUACUCGUUUCCCGCGUCCUGCACCCUCGGCUCCACCAAGAGCGGUUGGGGGGACGUGUGCGAUAUGGGCGCUUGCGAGGCGGAGACUCGCAACUUCGUGCUGACCAACCUCCUCAGCAAAAAGAUGACGUCCACACGCUGUGUCCUGUGCAAGUCACACCUCCCCGUCUUCGACAGGCACCCGCUCAUCGACGGCACAUUCUUCCUUUCACCGCAAUCGUACGACGAGGCAGCAGUGCAGGUGAUAAAAGAUGGCCGACUUCAAUUUCUAAACGCUGUCUGUCUGGGAUGCUUGGAAAAUCGCACAGACAUCAAAUGUGUGGCCUGCAAACGCCCGUGGGACGGGAGAGCCCUAGUAGUGGGAUCCAUGUACACCUACGACAUCUUUGCAGCCAUGCCUUGCUGUCAGAAGCGCCUCACUUGCAAGUGUUGUCGCCGAGCAGUCGUGGAUGUAACCAAAGGCCUCAACUUCUUCUCAGAAUAUUCCCGCAUGAUCAUCUGCCCGUACUGCAAGGCCAAUGACUACCACUUCAUACGCUCUUUGCCAGAAACCUUCGCGAUUGCUGAAGGAGGAGCAGGGGGAGGUUUUGUCACGCCUAUAUGUGAAUAUUGAAGUAGGCACCGUUGGUAAGCUCCCACACCACCUCUACUUUAUUUUAUGCUUACCUCCCUCCCCAGUUUUGCCAUUUUUGAACUGCUUGCAUGACGAACAGAAUACACUUCCCUGAACCUGUCAUCAUGUUACCUCUUUCUAUUUCUUUUAAUUAUAUAGGUGUAAUUCCUAGUCGAGAUACCCGUGUAGGCUUAAUCACACCAGUUAGAAUUUACUUCUCCUGAUUUUCAUACAUAUUGUCAUUCUGUGAGAAGAAAGAUUAAACACUUUUUUUUGCCUGACAGCCAACUAACACAUUGUUCUCCUAACAGUACAUGUUCUUAGGGUGGUGGCAUACAGCGAGGACAGUUUGACUUCAACAUGUAAAUUAUAAUCUGUCAGACCUUUCUCCUUCCUUGCAUCCCUGUUGCAGUUUUUUCAACAUUGAAAAAUAAAAGGAAGAAGUAAAAACAAAGAGUGAAUAAAGACCACUAGAUUUUCUUUAAACACACUGUACAUAAUGCCUUAGCUUAGUCUUCUUCCUUUUUGCCCCCAGUGGACCAUACUACACCACGGAUCCAGUUCUGGGUGUCCCUUCCCAGUUGGGUCCAUUUUAGCAGUAGUAUUGACAGCAUAACAUUCAACAGUGAAUUUCAUUUCAUGGUUCAUCUCUGUCCCCCUGUUAAGUUUAACGGGGAGGUAACAGCAAGCCAUAUUAUUAAUAAGCAUUGAGACCUUAUGUUUUUUUUCUUCCUUCAUCAAUGCAUCAGCAUUAUCGAAGAUUGAGUAUUUUUCUUCAUUGAUUUAGUCUAAGGUGUUAAGGAAAGGUGUUAAGGGAAAAGCUUUAUAAAAAUUCAGCCAAGAAGAACAGGAAGAACCACACAUUUUUAUAUAUGGCAUUUAUAAUGAGAACUCGGUGAUCCAACAAAUACAAAUAUUCAUUCCUGGCAGACACAUGUUCAACACAUUGCCUAUGAUGCACACAUGCAAAGCUAAGGAGUGAUGGUAUACAGAGUUGCCAUAAAAUAAUAUGUACAUCUCAGAUGGGCUUCUUGUUACCCCUAGACUAGGUCACAGAGAGAUUAUUUUUAUCUAAUGCUUGGCCCACAGCUUUCUCUGACCUUUAAAAAGUCAUCACGACCUAGAGCUUACAUAGCAGAAACUUUAUUGAAACAUCACGUUGACAUUUUGACUGUACACUUUUGCAACCUUUUUAUAAAUUGGUGGAUUUGUUUAUAAGAAGUCAGCAGUCUUGUAGAAUUAGGGUUCCUGAUUCUGUUCCGUCUUUUUUUUCAAGUGACCCAGAAGUGCACAGGCUGUCUGCUAUGUGUAGAUCAUGUUCUCACUGUUGAGCCGUGUGUGCAGGAUGGUGGUGGUGGUGGGGGUUGUCUAAAGCUGAUUAGAUGUUACAGUUUUGUAUACCUCCGUUGCAAGGAAUGCUUAAGAAGUAACCAGUAAAAUGUCAACCUUCACCAUGUAGGUGUUGUUGAUAUACACAGAAGUCUGUAUGCUCACAUGAGUUUCAAGUUGUCAGUGGAGCAGAUGCUCAAAUGCACUAAAAUGUGAGUCCUAAAAUAGUUAUACAUAGAAGACAGGUGCUAAAAGUCUUAAGAGGCUUUGUUUGGGUAGGGAGAUGAGGGAUGAUGAUGCUGAAUAAAAAAGUGAGUGAAAAAGCCAGUCUGUAAUGAGAAGAAAGUCACUCAUACAUUUAACACUGGACAAAAUGGUCACUCUUUUUAAAAGGCAGCUACUUAUAUAUGUCAUAUUUAUAUCCAUUUUGUGCAUUUUGACUGAUUGUACUUGUAUUAGUACUCCUUAUAAGUUUUCUCCAUUUUUUGUGGACAGCAAGACAUUGGGGAUGAUGAUGGUGUAAUUUGCUGUAGUAUAACCACUUGGAUUGUAUGCAGUAAAAUGAAAUAUAAUGAAAUUGAUUUUUUUGUGUCUGUGUUUUUGCGUAAUGCCUUUUUCUGGAUCAGUCGUUGGUGUAACACACUGAGUCAAAAGUUACGAACUGUGUCAAAACUGUAGUUUUGACUGGAUGUUUUGUUUUUCCCCUCAUUAGAAAGGUGGUGUUUGGUACGCUGUGCCAACUCAGUCAACGGUGGCCUGAUGAAAGCUUUGCUACAGAGCCAAUGGAACUUUUGCUUAGCCAUUUAGAUGUUUGAUUUGAAUGCUUCUGUUUUUAGUUAACCUUUAAAAGAGUAAGCAAGUUGGUGUGCUUUAAUUUUUCCCACGGUGUGAAGAAAAUGAUGGACAGGAGUCUGCAAAACUUUGAGCCAGACAUUUGUCAUAUCUUAACAUUCCUGGAGUUUGGGGAUUUCUUUGUACUAAUUGCACAAUUUUUGUUAAUGUUUUUGUGCCUAAGUUUAUUGUCACAAAGUGUUAGUUCUUUCAGAUCAUGAUGGUAAUAAAAUAGAUUGUAAGGUGCAAUGCAUUUUUUUUAAAUUUUGGGUUCUUUUGUUGAGACCUGAUUACGUUUUCCCCAAGGAUAUGGUGGCCAAAGGAAUGAAUGUAUGCAAAUGUAUGCAGAUAUUUUUGUAGCAUUUGAGUGUAUUUGUAUUUGGACCAGUGAUGCCCAUUUUUCUUCUGUGGGUGGUUUCUGCAGGCAGCUACAUGGAGUUGACAAUGCAAGCUUUGAUGGUUGAACCACUGGUUCAUGCAGUGUUUUAAAUGCUUUGACCCUACAGGUUUAUAUGGUGUUAAAUGCUUUGAGCCUGCAGGUUCAUGUGGUGUUUUAAAUGCUUUGAGCCUACAGGUUUAUGUGUUGUAAUUUGAUGAAGGAAGUGGGGAUGGAGGAUAGCAUUGUGGAGUGAGAGAGUGAACAGGGGAGAGCAUCGUGGUAGCCCAUCUUGGUAGUUUUUCCGCAGGGCUUCUUGGACAGUGUAAAUGGCAUACAACUUUGGACAGUGUUUAAGCACAGAAGUUUUCUUACCUUACCUCCCAGUGUUUCACGAUUCAUAAUCCUCCCUUGCUUCAUUCCCUUUUUUUUUUUUUUGUAGACUCUGGAUGAUUUUUUUUCGUGCUUUUGUCUGUUGGACAGUGGUUCAGAAAUAAAGGAUCCUUUGCAUCCAUCUUAUCCCUUUCAGAUCAUGCCUCCUCUUAUCUGUAAUCUGGUAGUGUUUAUUGAAACACUUAAUUUUCUUAAUUUUUUAAGGUGUGGGGGGGGAUGAGGUGGUUAGCCAAUUAUCUAAAGGUUGCUCUCCAAUAAAAAUAGGCCAGAUAGUAGGAAUCUGUGAGAGUCCUAUUGUACACUAAAUGGGUUAAUUAAUAUUUUCCUUAUUUGGAAGAUAGGACUUGAAUAGUACUCUGUUGCUUGGGAAUCUUCAGAGGAUAUAGCUGUAUUUGUUUUAUUUUGUGUCUUUUAUCCCACAACCCACCCUCCUUUUGUUGUUUUCUCCCUGGUGGAUUUAAGUAUCAUGUAUCUUCAAGGGCAUUUGUGAAGACACAUUUUUUCAUCUUGGUUUUCUUGCACCAAGGCAACACAGCAUUAUAGUAUUUCACCUUGUUCUCAAAGCUCUGGGAUCUACAUAUUAUAUGUGUAAAAUUAAGGACACAUGAUGUGUAACAUAGAAAUUGGAGCAUGUAAUGUGAAAAGCAUUGUUUGGAGCUUGUGUUCAAUGUCAACUUGUGUAGCAAAGGUGUUUGCUGAGCACAGACUAGAGAUCAUUCUUGUCUUUCGGAAUGUGUCUGUGCAGGGUCAUUUUGAAGAAGAUUAAGAAUCAGAAGAUUUGUGCAGGGGAAAAUGGUGACCUUUUUCUAUUUUUCUGAUCUUGUUUCUGAUGGAUUCACAGCCUUUGUAUAGCAAGAACUUGCUAAUUGCUGUUCAAAUCAUGUUUGUUUAUUAGUAGUCACUUUUCUUUCUGAGGGUGCGACAACUCAGAAAGCUGUACAGGAAAGUGUAAUAUUGUUCUCCUGAUCAGCAGAGACUUGUACAGUCAUGACUCAGCUGCUCAGUGAAAAACUUGUGGUUUCUAAUAGCAAAAAGCUGGAGGUAAAUCAUGUAACAUUAGUUCCUUUUGGUUAUUGACUUUCUCUGGAGUUGAUGUCCAUGUGCUUUUAAAAUGUACUGAUCUGGAGCUAUAUAUUUUUUUUUAAUGUGUUGAUGGAUGAUGCUGUGGGCGUUUAUUUGGACCACUUUAAAAUGUAAAUAAAAGUUGACAGUUUUCAUUGCUUGUCUGUGCCUGUGGUUGCAUCCUUACACCAUUUGUAACACUUUUACUACAAUAUAGCAUGUGUAUGUAAAAAA